UUGAUUGAAAGAGAUAUGAUAAUACUUGAUAACGUAAUAUAUAAUUUAUGGUUUUAGUUGCAAUUAAGUUUUAUAGUUGUCGACUUGUUUCACAGUAAUAAAAAUGGCGGUCGUAAUGUAUGAGUAGCUGACGUUUCCUUCGAUACGCGCGUUAACGAUUCUUCGGAACGGUCGUAUUGACAUAUUGCUGUGGUGUAUAUAUACGUGCGUGUGAGUGUUGUGCAUGGUGUGAAGUAAAUUUCGGGUGACAAAAUGUGUUAGAAAUUUUAUAAAUAUGAGCGAAGGAGCGGAUACGAUAACGCAGAUCUGCGAGAAUUCGCUAACGACCUUGAAAGUUGAGGACAAUCCUGAGGAACUUCCUCCAAGAACAAUAUCGUACAAUACUAGGAGGCCACGGUUUGGUACGGGCAAUGUUCCACUUUCGCCCUAUAUAUUAAUCGAUGGAAAAAAAUUGCGGAGUUCUCUGGCUUUCACCAAGAAAUCGUCUCCACGACGUGUGAGUUUUCCAGCAAAUGACAAUCUCUUGGUUACGGGAUAUCUGGAGCCAGCCAAUCCUUGGAAACUUGCCGAAAAUGUGAAUCAUGAAGAUUUAAUCUCAGCAUACAAGGCAUCCUGUAUAAAGCACAACACAGAUCCUCUGGAAAUUGUUAUAAGUCAACUUGAGACUUUAGAUAUAUCCAAAAAGAAUAGUGAAUUACUUAAUUUAAAAGGACAGUUAUUGGAUUCUGAUCACUGUGAACCAUUGGAGGAAAUUUUUAAGAGAAUCCAAUUUAAUAAAGUUGAUUUAGAAGCAACGUCAUUGGAUGAUGAGAGUUCUGUGAUAUUAUUUGAUAUGCUAGAAUAUUAUGAGUCUGCAAAACACUUAAAUAUUUCAUCUAAUCCAGGCAUUGGCAUUCAGGGAUGGCAUGCAUGUGCAAAUUUGAUAAGGAAGACUCGAUGUUUAAAACAUCUUGAAGCUAAGGAUGUAACACUUAAUGAACAAGACAUGAAUAUCUUGAGUCGUGCAUUACGAGUAGUCUGCCAUCUACAUGUGCUAAACUUAGAAAAUUGUGGACUUUCAGGAAGAUCAAUCGUCACACUAGUUUCAGCAUUAAAAGUGAACACUGGGAUUAAGGAACUGUAUUUAGCAGACAAUGGACUUAAUUUCUAUGAUGCAAUACAACUUGGUUCUCUCCUUAGAUUUAAUAACCACAUACAACUGCUUGAUAUUAGUAACAAUAACAUUCAAGAUGAUGGUGUACGCGAUAUCUUAGAAGGUCUUAUUAAUCAAAUAAAUGAAGACAAGGAUGGUAAAGGCUUAAAUGUAUUAAUAUUAUGGAAUAAUCAACUUACCCAAAAAUCAUCUCCCUCUUUUUCACGCAUUAUAGCAUUAUCAAAAACAUUAGAAACAUUGAAUAUUGGAAAAAACACGCUGACUGAUGAAUUGUUGUUCACCAUAAAAGAUGCAUUGAAGAAAAACCGUAUUUUGUUACAAUUAGGAAUACAAUCGACUGAACUUACGUGCGAUGGAAUUGUUACAUUAUCUGAAAUUAUUGAAAUAAAUGAGGUUUUGCAAAGGAUAGACUUACGAAAUAAUGACAUACAAAUGACUGGAAUGAGAGCUCUCAGUUCUGCUAUGAAAAAGAAUAAAAGUAUCACUAAAAUAGAUUUGGAUGAUAAGCCUAAAAUGAAAGUAGAUGACCUAGCCCAGACCUUGCAUCAGUAUACGCAGCUUGUAGCUGAGAUUCAAGUUUGUUGUUCGGAAAACGAGCAGAGUCGUAUUACAGAAGAAAAUAGCGAAGGUUCUGAAAGUUCACGUCAUAGCAUUCUCUGUAGCACAAACUCUCGUAAAAUCUCGCUUACUUGUCAAACACUACCAUGUUCUUUACCAACCAUGAUUUCAAUACAAAAUAACGCACCAGGGCAAACGAUGCUCGAACCGAAACGUAUCAAUGGAGGUCGUCUACGUUCCCCCGCCCUUAGUCCAGCCUCUUCACCUAUAGCAAGCCCGAUACCAAGUCCUUCUCGAAGUCGAUUUGUGGUGUCCCGAGUUCCAGAAACAUCAUUAUGUUCUGCAAAUCCCUCAACAUCUUCGUCACCAGUUACUCUCCCCUUUGAAUCACCUACCUAUCUCGCUUCUUCUGCAAGUGGGUCAUCUAGAUUUCGUGUUUCAGUUGUUGAAUCAGCAAGUACCAAACCUUUACAUAAACCUACUGUUACUUCAUCCGAGGAUGAUGUUACGUUUGGUUUAAAUCUAAAAAUUAAUACUGCAGAGCCGACAGACUCAGAUGACACUAUUAGUGUAUUCAAAUCCAACUUAGAAACGAAUAAUGCUCAAAGUACUGAAAAUUUGCAUAGCACAUUGAGCAAAGUAUCUUAUUUAGUUUCAAACGAGGUAGAAGAAAGGUGCGCAUUACCGGCGAAUGAAUCUGCUAGCAUAAAGAAAUUAAGUACAGAUAUACAUUCUUCUAAGGCUACUACUAAAACUCAACUACAUGACAGUAUAAAAUCUGUUCCUUCGAAAAGCAAAGAAUUUUGCGAUGUACAGUACAAUCAGAUUAAUAUUCCAACUCGACUAGAAAGCGUAACGUCAAGACAUGUACAAAAUGCAGAAAGUAAUUAUAAUGAAGGUAUACAAGACAUAAAAGCAGCUGCAAAUGUUAAUAAAGAUGAGAAAAGUUCUAGUUGUAUUAUAGUAAAUGAUAAAUCGGUAAUUACUAACAAAAAACAUGAUGUGACAAAAAAUGUAACAAGUACUUUUUUAAAUGAACGGCCAGAAAUCCAACCACAAAUAAACCAAAAAUCUUGUAUACAGAGACAUACUCCUAAUUUAGAGAAAUUGCUUUCGCUAUUUCAACAUCCUAGUUGUUUUUUCCCCAUUAGCCAAUUGAAAUCUAGGAGUACAUUUCAAGAUAGUCUAAACAGUUUGAUGGCACGUGGAAAUAAAUUCCAUUGUUACUUAAAUGAGAGCAAAGAUAGAAUUCGUGAUCACGACACAGAAAUCUCUUCAGUAUCGCAAAAAACAAAGUCAACAAAGUCUUUCAAUAUUUCUGAAAUGUUAAGUUUAAAAAGUUUAACUAACAUGUUCCCGUCAUUUAAAUUUGAAGAUGAUUUAAAUGUUUCUAAACAAGAUAGUAAAUCUUAUUCAAAAACAGUUACAGAAGUGAAUCUUUUACUUAGAAAAGAACGUGGAAACACUUUAACUGAUGUACAAAAAGAGUAUGAUAAUUAUAACAAUGACAAUAAACAAUUCAACUUUUGUAUAAAAGGGCUGGAAAUUAAUAUUUCCACUUUGGGUAAUCGAUUAUUACCCGAAGAAAUACAAUCAAAAAGCUAUGUUGAGCUUAUUAACAGAAAUUUACUGCUAUCUGCAAAUUAUAUUAUUUCAAAUAUAGCAGUUGAUAACUGUUUAACAAUUCUAAACAAUAGUUUAUUAACACGUAUUUCAGAGAACAAGAUGAUUGUACCUUUAUCUAAAUUUCUAAAUGUACAUGAAUACUCUCUUUUAAAAACAACUAUUAAUGACGUAAAAAUCGAAAAUAUAGAAGCAGUACUAAAGAAAAUAGAUUCCGUACUGGUGAAAAAAACGUGUGAUAAAAGUUCAACGGACAGUAUUAAUUUUACUAGUGAUAGUAACUCCUUGUUUUGUAACAUAAUGUAUGAUAUAACGAAUAUAAAUGAUAUGUACACUGUAAAUACGUCUGACAACAUGCACAAUUUAGUAAUAUUAAACUUAAACGCGAAAGGUGAUGUCAAAAAUAAUUCUGUUUUUAAGAUAGAAAAUAAGCAAAGUAAUUUGGCAUAUUUCAUAUGCAAUGAGCGCGACUGUAAUAUAAAUAAUAAAUCACUUGCAUAUUGCAGUGCGUUGAAGAUAAAUAUAAAAACAAAUUGUGUAAAUAAUAAAGUUACCAAAAUGCAUAGUAUUUAUAAUAAUUAUAAUUAUAAGAAAGCUUUUGCAACUGUUCACAACAUGCCGAGCAAUGAAGUAGAAAGAGUAGAUAUUUGCCAUGGGAAUAAUAGCGUGGAUUGGCAAAAUACUAUUGUAAAUUGUAAACCGGCAGCAGGAUUAUCAAAGAAGAAUUUUAUGUACGAAGACAUUAACAUUGACUUUGACGAUAAUACUACAGAUUUAUGUACUUCAGUUAUUUAUAAAGAUGUUACAAAUCCAUCAAGAAUACAGGAAGUAUUAAAAACAUUUAAUGCAAAGGACAACAAAUAUUUUGAGCCAAGUAAUGUAAAAGAAACGAGAGCCGAUGACUUACUAAUGGAAAAUGCUAUGGGCGGAAGAUUUGGAAGAAUAAGUAUCAUGUCUAUACCGAGAGCGUAUUGUUAUGUGACAGACUUCAAUAAGUCUAUUCCUAGAGAUCUUAUAUUUUAUAUGGCUGACCAAGCUGAUAGCAGCUAUCCAAACAGCGCUAUUAAAAUAAAGACCUCGAUUCAUGACUUACCUCUGGUAUCUGAUUCACGUAUGAAUUCUGUAAUUAAAAGACCGCAAAAUAUUCAUAGAAAGAGCGAAAUUUCUAAGAUUCGGGGAAGAAAUUUUUCUGUGAAUCAUAAUGUGCAGAAAAGCACGCAGUUUCAUAUGAAACAGAAAUUACAAGAGAAUGAUGAUUCUGAAACUGAUUCCGAAUGUCCCUCAAAAUGUUCAAAAGUUUAUACUAUCGCUCAUUCAAAAAGAAGUGUGAGUCCUAUAAAGAAAAGUUACGAUACACGUGGUAAUCCUUUAGAAAAUAUAUAUAUGUUCACGAAGUUUGGAUCAAAUAUUGUUCAACGUGUAAAAUUUACAAAUCCAGAUGCGAUAAGUGAUAUGACGCAGAAAUAUCUUAAUACAAUUAAAUGUGCAGUUACCACGACUAUGUGUUCAAAAGUUGCAGUGAACACUAGAAAUAAUGUGACAGUCGAAAUGAUUUCUGACGAGAGCACUAAUGUUGCUGAACCUUCGACAGUAAUUCAUGCGACAAGCACAAAGUGACAAAGAAAUGGGAACGGAGAAUGAGGUAAAUGAAAAUGAAGAUAUGGAAAUAGAAGGAAAGAAAUACACCGAAGAAUAUAACAAUUUAUACGAUUUUGAUGACGAUAUGAUUGAUGAAAUCGAUGAACUCGAGGA